CGGCAUGCAGUACAGAUGCUCAUGAGCAUUUCCGUGCCCACUGGCCACUUGGUCACCACUCACCAGUCACCAGUACUAGCUUUUGUCUCGUCCCGUCCCGCUGACAGCGCGGGCCCCAUAUCUCCGUCCAGCGCCGGACACCAACCGCUGCCCUGUACUAUAAACGAGCGCUCCAGUCAGUCGCUCGCCCGUCCUCGCCUCCCUUCGCCGCUUCCCCGGGAAUCUCGCCGGCCCGGCUUCCGGUCUCCGCUUCUCCACUCUCCAGUACUAGCGGCCAUGGACCCCUCCAUCUCCUCCGCGUCCUCGCCUCUCCUCAGGCUCCACGGCACCCCGGGCGCCGCGAACGCCAGCCCGCGGCCCAGCCUCGUGGCGGCCGCCCGCCAGCCGGCCUCCUCCGCGACGCCCCUCCGCGCCGUCUCGCCGUCCCCGUCGCCAUCCCGCCCUGCCCCCGCGUCCCCCGCCGCGGAGCCGUUCGGCUUCGACGCGCUCAAGGAGACCUUCUCCGUGGACGUGGCGGCGGCCGAGGCGCGCCCGCUCGCCGUGCCCCUCGCGGCCCCCUUCACCAUCGCGUCCUCGCGCCUCGACGCCGUCUCCAACGUCGCCGUCCGCGUCGAGCUCCGCAGCGGCGCCGUCGGGUGGGGGGAGGCGCCCGUGCUGCCGUCCGUCACCGCCGAGGACCAGCCGGCCGCGCUCGCCGCCGCGGGGCGGGCGUGCGGCGCGCUCGAGGCCGCGCCCGCGGCGCCGCUCGGCGCGCUGCUGCAGGACGUUGCGGGUGUCCUCCCCGGACACGACUUCGCAUCGGCUAGAGCAGGAGUGGAGAUGGCACUGAUUGACGCGGUCGCUAACAGCAUUCGCAUCCCUCUGUGGAGGUUAUUUGGAGGGGCAUCAGAUACUGUGACCACAGACAUAACGAUUCCAAUCGUGGCCCCAAAUGAAGCUGCUCAAUUGGCUGCAAAAUAUCGAGGGCAAGGGUUUCAAACACUGAAGCUCAAGGUUGGGAAAAACUUGAACUCAGAUAUAGAAGUUCUGAAGGCUAUACGGCUCGUCCAUCCAGACUGCUCAUUUAUCUUGGAUGCGAAUGAGGGAUACACAGCUGAUCAAGCAAUUGAAGUUCUUGAUAGACUAAACGAAAUGGGUGUGACUCCUGUACUCUUUGAGCAACCAGUUCACAGAGAUGAUUGGGAAGGUCUCCGAGAUGUUAGUAUUGUUGCCAUGGAGAAAUACAAAGUCGCUGUUGCUGCUGAUGAAAGUUGUCGGAGUUUGCUUGAUGCUCAGAAAAUAAUAAAUGGGAAUCUGGCCCAUGUUAUUAACAUCAAGCUAGCAAAAUUAGGGGUUCUUGGAGCCCUUGAAAUAAUUGACGCUGCAAGAAAAGCCAAUGUCGCUUUGAUGAUUGGCGGUAUGGUGGAGACUAGAAUCGCUAUGGGCUUUGCUGGUCACCUAGCUGCUGGGCUUGGUUGUUUCAGUUUUGUUGAUCUGGACACACCCCUUUUACUGUCGGAAGAUCCAGUGUAUGGCGGCUAUGAAGCCUUUGGACCUCUGUACAAGUUUACAAACGCCCGUGGCCAUGGUGGUUUCCUUCACUUGGACAACGAUGGGUCGAAAUGAAGAUGGUUAACAACGGAUUUGUCAGUCCUGGAGCUUCAUCGAAGCAUUGCAGCUCAUGACAUAACUGCAUUGUUCCAUUGGAUGACCAUCGUUGUAAUUGAAAUCAAAGGAGCAGUAGCAAAGCAUGUAGCCUUCAGUUUGCUGCUGUUGCAAGUCCGGUCAGGGCUAUAAGCCUGUAACAUUUGAUCAGGAUGUAGAUAGUAUAUUUAUAAGGCUGUUUCAGCUGGCAUUGUUGUUAUCAAAAUAUUCCAGUAACUGCUAUGCAAUAAAUAUACCUGGUUGUAAAUAUUACAUGCAGCCCUGUUAAGCUUUUGUUGUUC